AUGUCAGAUUAUCAAAAAGUACUCAUGGCCAGCUGCUACCGUACACUUGUGGGAUUAAUGAAUUUAUUUGAUAUAGAAACGAAGACCUGCUGGAAUGUCACCAGGAGAGAAGCUCUUGACCAAAUUGAAAGUUGUGAAGGAUUGGGAGACCCUGCUUGCUUUUAUGUUGGUGUGAUUUUUAUUUUAAAUGGAAUAAUGAUGGGACUGUUCUUCAUAUAUGGUACAUACUUGAGUGGAACUCAAAUAGGAGGUCUAAUCACAGUACUGUGCUACUUUUUCAACCAUGGAGAGGCUACCCGUGUGAUGUGGACACCACCUCUCCGGGAAAGUUUUUCAUAUCCUUUUCUUGUACUUCAGAUGUACUAUUUAACUUACAUUAUCAGGACCUCAAACAUAAAUAGAAAAUAUUACAUUGCACUCUGUCUUUCCAAUGUUGCCUUUAUGCUUCCCUGGCAAUUUGCUCAGUUUAUACUUUUCACACAGAUAGCUUCGUUAUUUCCCAUGUAUGUAGUGGGGUACAUUGAACUGUACAAAUUUCAGAAGAUCAUUUAUAUAAACAUGAUUUCAGUUGUCCUUUGUUUCAUUCUAAUGUUUGGAAAUCCUGUGUACUUAUCUUCUUAUUAUUCAUCAUCUUUGUUAAUGACAUGGGCUAUACUUACGAAGAGAAAUAAACUUCAAAGAUUGGGAGGAUCUGAACUCAACAUUUGGCUAAUUCAAGGUUGCAUUUGGUGGUUUGGAACAAUUAUUUUGAAAAUUUUGACAUCUAAAAUCUUAGGUGUUUCGGAUCAUAUUCGCUUGAGUGACUUAAUAACAGCCAGAAUCUUAAGAUAUACAGAUUUUGAUACCCUCAUGUAUACCUGUGCUCCUGAGUUUGACUUUAUGGAAAGAGCGACACCAUUGAGAUACACAAAGACGUUAUUGCUUCCAGUUGUUAUGGUGAUUGCUUGUUUAAUCUUUAAAAAGAUUUUUCGUGAUAUUCUGUCUGUAUUAUCUGCAAACACAUAUCAAAGAAAACAGCUCCUUGAAAAUGGUGAGCUGGUUUUUCACACGUUGCAGUUGUUAGCCUUUACCGCUCUUGCCAUCUUAAUUAUGAGACUGAAGCUGUUUCUUACACCUCACAUGUGUAUUAUGGCUUCUUUGAUCUGCUCUCGAAGGCUCUUUGGCUGGCUUUUUAACAGAAUUCGUUUUGAGAAUAUCAUCUUUGGCAUUCUAACAAUUAUGUCAAUUCAAGGUUGUGUGAAUCUUCAGAAUCAAUGGAGCAUAAUAGGAGAGUUUAGUAAUUUGCCCCAGGAAGAACUUCUAAAAUGGAUCAAACACAGUACCAGACCAGAUGCUGUUUUCGCAGGUACCAUGCCAAUAAUGGCAAGUGUCAAACUGUCCACACUUCACCCCGUUGUAAAUCACCCACAUUAUGAGGACGCAGGCUUGAGGGUCCGGACAAAAAUUGUUUAUUCCACAUACAGCCGAAAAUCCCCUAAAGAAGUGAGAGAUAAACUAUCAGAAUUACAUGUAAAUUAUUACAUUUUAGAAGAGGCAUGGUGUAUUGUGAGAACUAAGCCUGGUUGCAGUAUGCUUGAAAUUUGGGAUGUGGAAGAUCCUUCCAAUGCAGCUAAUCCUCCCCUGUGUAGCAUCCUGCUUCAUGAUGGGAGGCCUCACUUCACCACGGUAUUUCAGAAUAGUAUGUACAGAGUCCUGAAGGUUAACUGA